ACCGUGUGGUUAUCUCAAGGACAUGGCUGUUUUUGCGAGGUUUUUGAAUAGCUGGAUGUUGAGGAUCCCCUCACUAAUUGUCAUCGGUAUGUUACUUUUUUUUGUCGUUUGGGAAACUGCCUUAAACAGGCAGUCAUCAUCUAAUCUCAAAAUACCACAGCAGUUCUCUGUAGACCUUCCUGGCUGCUUGGCUAUCAUCAGUGGAGACACAGAAGGCAAGAGAGAAGAACUAGCAGUCCUUCUGGCGUCCAGGAAAAGAAGAAGUUUAUUAUCUGAGGAUUUCUACCUUAAUGUGACAAAGGACUGUUCUUCUUACAUUGAAGAGAGAGGUUUCAUUACAGCACCGCUCAGUGAGGAGGAAAACAAUUUUCCCAUUGCCUACUCCAUGGUGAUCCAUGAGAAGAUUGAGAUGUUUGAGCGACUCCUACGAGCCGUUUACACUCCUCAGAACAUCUACUGUGUGCAUGUGGACCAGAAAUCCUCUAAAGGAUUCCAGAAGGCUGUGGAGGCCAUUCUCUCCUGCUUUCCUAACGUGUUUGUAGCCAGUAAGUUAGAAAGCGUGGUCUAUGCCUCGUGGUCCAGAGUGCAGGCAGAUUUGAACUGCAUGAAGGAUCUGCUGAAUUCACAGAUUCAGUGGAAGUACCUGCUGAACACCUGUGGGACCGACUUCCCCAUCAAAAGCAACGCAGAAAUGGUUCAGACGCUGAAGGCCCUCAACGGGAGGAACAGCAUGGAGUCGGAGGUGACCAACAACUACAAGAAAGAUCGUUGGCUGUAUCAUUACAACGUGACAGAUACUGUGGUCAAGACGAAUGUGAAGAAGAGUCCCCCGCCCAUCGGCAGCCCCAUGUUCACAGGAAACGCUUACUUUGUGGUCAGCAGAGCCUUUGUGGAGCACGUGAUGCAGGACAGAGAGGUUCAGCAACUCCUGGAGUGGGAGAGGGACACAUACAGCCCUGAUGAGCACUUGUGGGCCACUCUGCAGCGAAUGCCCUCCGUGCCCGGAUCAGCGCCCGCCAACAUCAAGUACGAUGUGUCAGACAUGCAAGCCCUCGCUCGGGCGGUGAAGUGGAGCAGUCUAGAAGGAGAUGUGAAAAAAGGAGCCCCGUACCCCCCUUGCAUGGGUGCACACCGGAGAGCCGUCUGUGUGUACGGAGCUGGUGACCUCCCCUGGCUACUGAGACAAAAUCAUCUCUUUGCAAAUAAGUUUGAUCCUGAUGUUGAUGAUGUUGCUAUUAGAUGUAUUGAGGCAGUUCUGCGUUUGAUGGCUUCAGGCCAUGACCGACUAUAAACAAAUAUGACAACAUUUUACGUUUUAAAAAGAAUUCAAGUUAAAAGUAAUUGGAUAAAAAUGAUUUGUGUGUAUUCACCGGAGUUAAAAGCUGCUAAAG